AUGGGCCACAUGGAUAGCCCAGGACCGCCUCGGGCCGGGCCCCUAUACGACAAGGAGCCUGCCUUCCCGCCGAGCCGCAGCCUUGCCUCCGCAACCUCGACCGAGUCCGGCACAGUCUCCGUCUCGGGAAACGAAAAGCCCUGCCCACUCAAAUCGCGGUCAGAAUUCUCUCGAGACAGACCGGCCGAGGAUGAAGAGGCCGGCGAGCCGCGCAGUGUUGGGGCGUCGAGCGGCAAGGAACCCAUCUGCAGCCCCGACGGCAAGCGAAUCAUGACUGAGGAUGACUGUUACGACACCCUGGGGUAUUCGUGGCCGGCCUGGAAAAAGUGGAUGCUGCUGUCGUCCAUCUUUGCCGUUCAGGUUUCCAUGAACUUCAACACCAACGUCUACCCCAGUGUUGUCACGCCCCUGAGCGAGCAUUUUGGCGUCAGCGAACAAGCCGCUCAAUUUGGCCGGUGGCCGAUUUUGCAGAGUUCUCUGUUUCUUGUCAACAUUUGGCAGAUCCUUGCGGCUCUUGCUCCCGACUUUGGCAGCAUCAUUCGUUGCACGAGCUCUGGUACGUUCUCCCUCUGGCGGGUGUUCGAGAAAGCCCCUCCCAACCCAACCUCUUGGUACUGA